AUGUGUGGAAGAUGCGCGCUGGCAAUUUGCAUAGUUGUUGGUGCGGCUGCUACUUACCGCAUUCCAUUGCAACCCACCACUACCAGUAGCGGCCGCGACGGCGAUUACAGCAAUACCAACAACUGCAUUAACGCCAACGGUAAUACAAUCAUCUCUGGACCAUUUCUGCAACUUGAAAAACCAGAAACAACGCGACUAUUAAUCACGAAGCAUCAUCUGUACCAUUAUCUGCCGUGCAUUGCCACCAUUGAGGAGAACUACUACGACAUUAGCAACGAGACGCACUACUUUUACACCUGGUAUCGUAAUGAUCAAGUUGUGGAGACCCACAGCCGACGUAACGAGUUCAAAAUCUAUCGCAAUGGCACUUUACGCUUGCCGCCCACAGAGAAGGCGGCUGGCGCGUAUCGCUGUAAAAUCAAUGCCAACACAACAGCGGUGCUGUCGGAGCUCAUCACAGUGGAAUAUCCUGUACUCAAGCGCGUAAUAGCGCCCGCCACUAUAACCGCCGCCACGGGUCAACCACUCACGCUCGACUGUCCGGUCAUAAGUGUGCCACCAGCAAAUAUUAGCUGGUUCUAUGGAAAUGUAUCGUUAUCAAAGCAAUUCGAAGACAACAGAUAUUUAAUACUUGCGAAUGGUACUUUGGUGUUGCGGAAAUUGACUUUGGACGCUGCGGGGCGUUACAAAUGCUUGGCUCAAAAUCAAUUUGGCUCCAAGAUUCAUCGCCAAUUUAUAUGGGCCUUGAAUGUGCUGAACGAUCCCACAACAGCAAACCGAAACGAGCUUCUACCCAGGUUGCAGAAUAUAACGCAGUAUGUGCCAACAGGAGCCAGCUGCCAGUUGCUUUGUUAUGGUCAAAGAGAUGACAUACCGAUCGAGUGGUGGUAUCGCAGUACAUUAAACGCAGUACCACUAAAGAUCAGUAAUCACAGCAAUGAAUAUAAUCUAGAAGAAGUCAGCCAGGAUGCUCAUCAGGGUUACUACAGCUGCGUUCGGGGGAGAAGUAAUCAGACAUUUCAUAUGAUCGUUACCUCCCCACCGGUGAUCGUCGAACCGCUCAUCUCAUAUGAGACACUUAUAACCGCUUCGUUGCAGUUUCGUUGCAGCGCCACCGGCAAUCCCCGGCCGGUGAUCAGCUGGUAUCACAAUGGGGUUCCUCUCAACAGUUCCUAUACGCGCUAUAUCAUUGGCAACGAUUUGCACAUACACUCCUUCGAUCCGAUUGAGGCGGGCAUUUAUCAGUGUUUUGCGCGGAAUAUCGCCGGAGAAGUGUACAGUGCGGCAGAGUUGCGUUUUCGCAACAAAGGUGACGAGUUGUUGCUGAAGAACCCGCUGCAGAAUAUACGAUGUUAUGCGCUCAGCUUUAAUACGAUAAAUGUGACUUUUGAGAGCAACUUUUUUGAGUCGCUCUUCAUCGUACACAUUGUGCAGAAUAAUCCGCAUCGCUGGAUUUCUCCAUUUGCACCCAUGAAACUCAAUCAUACCUCACAUUUGGUUAUUUCGAGCCACCUACCCGUUUACCGUCCAUUUGAACUGAUUACCCGUGUACUCGUGCCCACCUCGGAGAUACGUUUGGCCAAUAAGCCGCAGCAACAGACAAUACUCAGCUCAUUACGCAGCCCACCGGUGACUUGCUGCACACAAGGCUUGAUUCUACACUUGGUGCACAUGGGCAACGAUACCUUUGUCACUUGGUCGCAACCCGAGUUGGAUGGCAAGAAGUAUUUCAUACUACAAUUCUCCUGCAACUAUACACAACCACAUCCGCAGCAGCUGCUUAAUCAACGGCUACGUGGCACCACGCAACAUGUGGAUCUCACACAACAGGACGUCGCUCAGAAGCUUUGUGAUAUCACUGCACUCAACGAGACAGAUAUGCGUGCGGUGUUGAGAGGCGCUCAGGCGCAGUACAUUGACAACAACAGUCAUGUGGAGUUGGAAGAAGAAGUUUUUAGCUUGGUCGUUUUUGCAAAUAUCACGGGAGUGUUACUGCAAGAUUUCCAGCGCGUGAAAUUGCGUGUGCUGAUUAUCACGCGUGAAAAUGAACAUCUCCGACAGGACUUUCGCUAUGUACAAUGGAAGACGAUUGAGAAUGAUACCAACGAACUGGCCAAUACACCCUUUCGUCUCAGCAUUGUGGAGUCGCGCGUGCUCACCUUUCACUUUCGCGAAAAUUUCAAUGAAUCCUGUGUGCAUGUGUGCCACUGGCAGAUACAAUUCCCCAUCAUACGCAAAGAGGAACCGAAAUGUGAUCAGCUACCAAUAACUAACUCACAAGUGGAGAUACGAGGUCUUAAGCCAUCGGAGCGUUAUCGCAUGAAUUUCUUUAGCUGUGAAACUCAAACCUUCUAUGGGCAAGUGGAUAAGCAGACAUUGCCUGAUCCACCAGGCACCAUCAGCAAUCAACGCAUUAUACGGCACAAUGGUUUAAAGUUGCUAUGGGAUCCGCCACUGCAACCCAAUGGCAAGAUCCAUCACUAUAACAUCCUAUGGACGUUGGGUAAUGUGACACAUGAGAUCAAUAUUUUAGACUGUACUGCAUGUUCCUUUAAAUUUCCCAACAUCUCCGAGACCGCAAAAAUAAAUGUAACCAUACGCGUCGUAGGUGAAACCGGUGUUGGCGCACCAAUUUUUAUCGAUUUGCGCAGCAUUAGUCAUCAUUCUCUGGAGAUCGAAUGCCCUUCGAACGAAUCUGAAGUUUACAGUGGCAUCAUUAUUGGCUCGCUGCUCUCCGUGGUCUGUGUCAUCGUCUUUGCAUUGCUCAUCAUAUUGCAACGCCGGCGCUAUAAAGCGCGUACGCAGGGUCCCACACAUCUGAGCUCACCAUCGGAUAUGAAUUUUGGUAAUCUAAACAACCCGAGUAUACCCAGCGAGAGCGCAGGUGGCUUAAGUGGUAGCACUUUUCAGCAGGAUUGUCACGAGAUGCAAACACUAAUACCAAAAAGCGGACGUCACAUCGAUUUGCAGGCCAAUCGUCCGAAAGAAUAUCAAACUACACAGCUACCGAAUGGCAAUGGAAAUAUCGUCCGGCGCCACCUCACAGUGGAGGUGGAAACCAAUGCCAGUGGUUUGCAGAACGAGUUUGAGUUGGACGGCCGAGCGAACGUAUCGCAGCUGCCAUUGUGCAGCUCCACACCGGAGAAGGUGCCACCAGAUGGGGCUCAUGCGUUUUUCAUACCCUUCAAACAGACGCCGCCUAACACAGUGGUGACGGCAAUAGCCAAACAACAUAGUUCCUCAGGUAAUUAUGCCAACAACGGUGGUGAGGGCGGCGGCGGGGGUGAUGCAAGCGGUUAUGUAGUGCCGCCAAACACGCUGCCGCUUAUGUCAACACCACCAACAACGCUGGCGCUUAGCGCAACAGGUCAGCAGCGUAGUGGAAGCCUCAGUAGUAGCAGUUAUGGUGGUGGCGGUGGUGGUGGAAGUGGCGGCAUCGGUCCUAAUGGCAGUCGUAGCAGUAGUAAUAGCAGUAAGAAACAGUUCCAUGCAAAUUACUCGAAACAUUCCAAAUCGAAUGAUGUGAUUUGUCUGCUCGCGGACGAGGAGGUGGCGGCAACCCUGACACCAACCAGCGAAACGGCCGUAGCGUUGGCAUUAACAAACGGCCUGAAGGCAGCUGCAGUGGCGCGAACGACAGAAGCUGCUGCAACAACAAAGGCAAUAGUUAAUGCAAGCGUCGAGCAGAAACCAACAACACUAACAACAACUACUGCAACUCUGCAUACACCCAACCAAAAAAGUACUUCUUCGUCUUUAGUUAGUCCUGCCACACAGCCAAACCGCAGCAAAGCUGUCAAGUUGAAGAAAUCCGCUGCAGACAAAAAGCCGCGCAAUUCAACAGCGUUAAGUCGCGGACACAAUUCCAUAGUUCCUGCCUUUGGAUCGGUUGCUGCAACAAGCAGUACCACUGCCAUACCCACAGCCAAUCCAUGGUCCACAACGGCACCACAGCUCACAGCAGCAGCAAUAACGUCAGCAUCCGCGUUAGCGCCCAGCAGUAGCAGCAGUGCUUUUAGUGUAGCAUUUAGUGGCGCGCAUCGACGCCCCAACGUCGAUCCGAAUGGUUGAGCAGAUGAGCUAAAGUAUUACGCAAAGAAAAAUCAAGUUUUAUGUAAGUUAAGUGGAGCGAUAGAACGUUUAAGGUGGAGAUAAUUUGAAGAGGAAACACAUUCAGGAUAAAAAUAGUGAUUAGGCGCCGCCGCUUUCGCUGUCGCCGAGGAGGGCGCGCAAGCGUGCGCGCUUCAAACAAAAAAGAAAACAUACAAACUACAAAGCAGUAAAAAGAAACAUUCCAAAACCUAUUAACUUAUAUAUACACACACAUACAAACAAACAUAUACAAAAAUAUAUAAAGUAGCAACAGAUAUUUGUAGGUAACCCACAAAAUCGUAAGAGAAAUGAAAUUUGCAUAUUUUAUAAAUGUGCAAGAAUGGCUAUUUAAGCUGCUGCAAAACGAUAUGUGGCUGAUUUUACAGUUUUACAGACAUGCAUACAAACAAACAUAAAAACAUAAAUACACUUAGUGAUUAUUUACGAGACGAAUAUGUAGAGGGAUAUAUUGUAAGAAGGUGUAUUUAUGCAGUAGCCGUUCAAGGUGUGCCGUUAGCACUAGCACACACACAAACACAUACACGCCAACCUUCAAUUGCAGUUAGAGCAAACUCUAUGCACACAUACCUACACAUAGAACACACAUACAUAUGUAAUUACAAACAUACUUACAAACCAUGUUCAAGCAGAAAAACUAAAAAAAAAAAACACACACAAACAUAGUUGAAAAUUUGGAAGGAUAAAUGAAAUGAAAGGACAAGGAAGCAUAUGAAGCUAAGCGAUGUUGUGGGCGAGAAAAAUAAGAAUUGGCAUUGUGAAAUUCGCAAAUUGCAUUGAAUUGCGUAGGCGCGUGUUUCUCAUGAUUUUGCUUCAUAGUGUUUCAGUUCGUUUGCUUUUAAAUCAACUGAGGCUAGAAUUGCUGUAGUUUUUUUUUUUUAACGAAGUUAUUUUAUAUAAAGCAGAUAUUUAUUAAUUUUUUUAUUAGUUACUUAGUUUUUAAGUUAAAUUUUUGGUAAUAGUGCUUUUAAGCAACGUGAGCAACGAGUUCGAUGAGAAAAUGUGUGGACGAAGCAGAAUUUAGAGUUGAGUUCCUAUUCUCUUAUAUAAAAAAUAGUAAGUUUUUGUAAUAUAAUUUAAAAAAUCGUAAAAAUUAAAAUGGGUCUCAAAAUCCAUAAACAAUUUGCUUACAUUCGAAAUAUUUUCAGCCAUUUUAAUUUUUAUGAGUUUUGUGGCACAAGCAGUGUGCUUUAGAUGUGUAGCUCAAUAGCUGGAUUUGUACGUAUGAUGAGGGUAGCAAUAAGUGUAUGAAGUUUUUCAAGUUUUUUCUGUGUAAGGCAAAUUCUUUGGUCGGUUGGUUUAUCAUCAUUCCUUCGUCUCCGUUGCGGAACACAGGGCCAAAGGAGAAUUUUUCCAUUCUGUGCGAUUCCCGGAUAUAUUGUUCACUUGCUGCCAGGUCAUUGUGCUGUCCACGGCUUUGUACUCCUCUACUAUGCAGGGUCGCCAAGGGUGCCUAGGUCUGCCUCUUCUGCGCUGUUCUUGGGGGUUCCAGUCCAGUGCUUGUCUGCUGAUUUCAGUGCCACCUUUCUGUAGGGUAUGGCCAAGCCAUCUCCAUUUACGUUCCCUUAUUUCAGUUGCAAUUGGUUUUUGAUGACAUCGUCGAUGCAAUUCGGUGUUAGAUGUCCAAUUGUCUGGCCAUCAGAUACGUAGAAUGCGUCUCAAACAGCGGUUCACGAAUACUUGAAGCUUCUGUAGCAUAGAGCAAAACUGAUUUAGCAUUGGAGUUGAAAAUAAUCCAUAUUUUUGUUGUAAUGUGCAUUUGCUUGCACUGUCAUACCGGAAGAAGAUUUCCAAAUGCACCUCUUGCUUUUUACAAUCUUGUAGAUUCUUCCUUUUUGUAUCCGCUUUCCGCAGUGGAUUGGCUUCCAAAGUAUUGAAAAACGUUUACAUUUUCAAUAUUUUCCUCUCCGAUAUUGUAGAAUGCAUCGUUGAUCGUUGAUUAAAGUAAUGAUUCAUCCACAAUCCAACUAGCGCUUCCGCAUCAAUUAGUUGCCACAUCCGCGCUACCAACUUGUUUAACAGUUAUUUAAAGCACGACUAUAUCCAGUCUGUGCGCCUUAAGAACCUUAUUAGGUUGUUGACGCCUAAACCAGACAGUUCUUCGAGACUCUCGAACAAUGGGUUGCCCAGGAUUGACAUUCUCCCAUUCCCUAAGGCGAAGCAUUCGUAGAGGAUAUAAGCCAAUGCUUUUCUUAAAAAAAAUAUAAGCAUAACAAAGUCAUGCCCUUCAUUUAUCUUAGGCUUCCCGUGCACCGCUCUUAAAUUUUUCCUUACCAACUCGGUCUUUGUAGUAACAGUAAUUAAACCAAGUCAGAUGUCUUAUGUCCAUUUCCUUUCACAUCUUUGGAUUUGAUUAUUAACAAUAACUACAGAACUCCAUCUUUUAUUUUGUCCAUUUAUAAAUACUUUUGCCAACGUUUACUUGCUUCGAUGCAAUUUUUCUUCUCAUCUUCCGUCAAGUCCACCACGAAAAGGUACCUUCCACCCAAGGCGCAUCUCUUAAAAGUGAUAUCAGUAGACCAGCUGAUUUGAUCUUGUUUUCUUCCGCAGUGUAAAUUCGGAUGUUAGCACGAAAUGAAAUGACGAAAAGCCAGCCGUUCCAUGCGCACUAUAGUCGUGUGUUCAGGAGCUUUCAAGUUGUUAUUAAUGGACGUACGGCCUGAAAAAAUAGUUCUAUAACCUUCAAACCUAGUUCCCAGUUAUGCUAUACAGAUGGGUCGAAAUUAGAAGAUGGUAAAACAGCGACAACAAAUGCCUACGCAUCAUCUGCAGAAUAUUCUGGCCAAACACCAUCAGUAACGACGCACUGUGGAGAUUAACGAACGAGGAACCCAUCCUUAGGCAAAUCAAAAGCAGAAAGUGGCGAUGGAUAGGUCGCACAUUGAGAAAACCAUCAUAUGGCAUCACGAGAAUGGCACUUGACUGGAACCCGCAAGGGCGCAGAGGUCACGGUCGACCAUAACAAACACUUGGAAAAGGUCGACGCUGCGCGAACUAGCAGAUGCCGACAUCUCAUGGGACGGUGGAAGGAAAACAAUAACAAAAAAAGAACAGCGACAAGAAUCAAUGGCUCAAAAAACCCGAUUCCAAUGGGUUUUUAACCAAUAAUCUUCCUAGCAGAAAUAGAAGCCAUUAAGACUUCUAACUCGUCAUUUUACAGGCCACUGUAGCGUGAGAUAUCACUUAAACAAAAGUAGUCUCUCUCUCAGCUAAUCGAUUCUGCGAAAUGAACACUGAAAAUUCAGAACACAUUCUUUGUGAAUGUCCUGCACUAGGCAAAAAAGGCUACACCACCUUAGUGGUAUUGCCGUGCAGUCAUAUACCAUAAAUUAUAGAACAAUCAACCCCAAAAUGUGCUAAAGUUAAAAAAAAACUUAAAAUAUAGGGUACCUCUGCAGGUUUUGCGCAAUAGAUCUUUUUGGGUCGCAGUUCCCAGUAGCCUAAGUAGGUAGGUGAAAUGAUUGAAGUGGUCAAGCAGAUAUCUACAGCCAUUCAGAGGUGCUGAUAUAAAGAAGAAGUUGAUGGAAUUUAGGUUGAUCGUGAUCUUAAUCAGUGAUCUUAAUCGUCUAGCUGCCAAACGCAUUUUACAGAGAAAGUGCUCAGCAGUCUCCUGCUCUGAAAGGUCCUCACAGCUUCUGCAAUAGGAGUUAAAUGGUAACCCUUGCUUUUCCGCGUGUGUGCCGAUCGUCCAGUGACCGAUAAACACAACUACGAGUUUGGAAAUUGAAUGGCGAGGAGUCCAAAGGACUUUCCGAGUCCUCCGUAUAUUGUACUGGGGCCAAAAAGUUUUCGAAAUAGCAUAUGAAGAAAUUGAGCUCCAUCUUUUUUGCGCUUUCCUGAGAAAUAACUUGUGCACAACUUGAGAACAACUGUCACGGGGAUGCCGAUGACCGGGUAGGAGAUCUCUGAGGCCAAUUCAGUCCCCUUCCUUGCAAGCUCAUCAGCAAUUUCGCAACAAAUUACCUGCACACCCAAGAGAUUUGAUCUCCUCCUUAUAGGAGUUUACUAAUUUUGUUCUGCACCAGGGCGUCGUCAGAGCCUUGAUCGCGGCUUGAUUAUCGGAGAAAAUGUUAAUAUCUCCCUCACUUCCGCGUUCUGUGAGCAUUUUGCCUGCCUGCAGGAUCGCAUAGACUUCUGCUUGAAAAACACUAGCAGUGCUCGGCAGUUUCAUCCAUCUUUGGGCCGUCAGUGAAGACAGAGGUGCAAGCUUUGGUGCAGAUUUUCCCCUCAUUUCAAUCCUGCCUACUUGGAAAGUUUGACCUAGCACUACCCUCAAACUCCAGUUUGCGAAUUGAGAGAUCUGUUCAACGAAGUUCAGAUAAAUAAGGUGUUAACUGCCCAAAAACACUACCAUGUGCUUGAGAGAAUAAUAAUAAUAAUAAUAGUCGUAUGUUCCUAACUCCAAACGCAUGCGAGCUGUUCAACGCAGAUCGUCCUUUUCUCUUCUAUUUUCUUCUGCCGUUACAUUCCAGUGCACAAAAUGUUGUUGUUGCUCUAGUGCCAUUACCUUUAAUGAAUGCGUCUUGCUUCUUCCGCCCAUAUAACAUUUGUGAUACAGCUUCUUUUGUUUGUAAUAUCUAAAUUUUUUUCACAAAACAAAUCGAAUUCGUUUAAAAGAACGCAGGUCGCUCAAAAGUUCUUGCAAAAAUAAAAACUACUUAAUUGUUUGGGGUAAAUAUUUGUUUGAAUUUUCGACAUAAUCUUCUGGCAGAUUUAUACACUUCGCUCCACGCUGUUCUAGUUUGUUGAUGCUUUCCGAAUAGUAGGAUUUGUCCAAGUCUGAAAAAUAGUCAUUCGUUUAUGCAGUCACCACCUCAUUUGAAUAAAAUAUUUUUGCUGUCUGCCAUUUCUUCAAGUUAGGGAACAAAUAGUAGUUCGAGGAAGAGAAUUCUGGAGAAUAGAUGGGGAGUGAAACGAGUUGGGUCUCUAUUUCCAUAAAUUUUGCGACCACAACUGCUGAGGCGUGAGCUGGUGCGUUGUAGUGAUGGAAAAGGACUAUUUAUGGAAAAUCACUCGAUUUCCUCUAUUCAAACGAUUGCCAAACACAAAGGAAUAGACCGAUCUGGCUGAUAUUUGGUGUGUGUUCUUCCAAGAGAUGCUACUAGCUAAAAAUAACCUCGAUAUACGCCAGUAGUGCCAUCGCGCUCAAAACGGCCCUCGUAUUCGCUGCGAAUUAAUUUGAGCGGUAAUAAAAUAACUCUUUGCAAAUCACUCGUACAAUGCAAACUCGAUUAUUUUCUUCUCAUUAUAUGCAUUAAUAAUAUGUCAUUUAAUACAUUACUUGAAUUGAAUUAACAUUCAAAUACUGUUUAGCAUUUUGUUCAACGAUGCAGUUGUUUUCAAGUCCAAUUCUAGAAUUUGAAUCAAGAACAGAAGAAUUUUCGUCUUUGCUUCACGACUACGAAAAUACAAAUCGAUGAACGUAAAAGAAAUUUUACGCGAAAACUAACGACGAGUCAGUCUAUGUUAGCGAAACGACUUGGACUUAAGUUCGGCCAAGGAGUGUCACUCUAGCAGCAUUUCUCAGAAGUUCUUUAUAAAAUCAUUGAGUCACAACACUACAAUAUUUUUUUGGAAGCCCUGUAGAACAAUCUUAUAAUCUAAUAUGCCAAAGCGAACUUGGUUUUCUGUGAAGAAAUCAUCUAUACCAUUCAUCACUCACUUUGUGACAAACAAGAAAAAAUAUGACCCACAUUUUACCCAUCAAUUGCCUAACUAUUUGCCGUUUUUUUAACUCUAACAAAAUGAGAAUAUUCCGCAUCUCUUGCUACGCUACUCGGUUCUGCAGUACAUAGGUAAACUCGUUUUUCUGCAGACUUCGUUUUCGUUUUUCCGAAUACACGUUACCUUGAAGUUAGUUACUUGUAGACUAGUUGCAAACUGAUUUUUUUAUUACACUAAUUUUCGUGCGCGCUCAAUACCGCUUACCAAUUAAAUUAACCCCUUGGGUAGAGAUUUAUUUGCAAAAAGAUAAUAUUUGCAUGUGGAACAGAUUUAAUUUUUGGUUAUUUGGAGUAGUAUAUCAAUGAAUUUUACGUAAGAAUUCACAAAAAUAUAAUAAUAAAAACAAAACACGUCAUCCGCUCCUAGAGCGGCAAACAAGUGCGUGACGUGUCUCAGACGCCAAAUAUACCCAAGGCGUUAAAUGUUCAAAAUUGCAACCAAAAAAAGUUGUAUUUAGAAAUUCACCUAAGCUGAAUGCGCACUAAAAAGCUAACGCAUCGGCGCCCGAUUUUCGGAUAUGCAAAGUUAGUAAGGCAAAUUUAUAAACCCGCUACAGCAACCUAACCACUAAACUAAACGCAAACUGCAAACAUUGGAAAAAACUGUGGAAAAACGACAACCUGUGCUGUACAAAAACAGAGCAAACGAAAAAAAUAAAUUAAGUAAAAGUUGCAACACAAUUAAGAAGAGUUUGAAAAGUAAUAUUUAUGCAUACACAUACAUACAUAUUUGACUAGAAACACAAAAUGACGUAUAUAUGUACAUGUUUAUUUAACGGCUAUGAGUAGCUCCGUCAAAGGCACAGAGAGAUCUUAAAAAAUUAAACAAUCGCAUAAGUUCUCGUUACAUGUUACACAUACAUACAAGUACAUACAUAUGUGUAAGAGUAGUACAUGUAUUGUAGUUAUGUAAAUGUUCCACGAAAUCCUUUAUGUAAAACGUUCAUGUCAACAUAAGUGCAAUAACCCAAACAAAUUUAUUGAUACAAUUUGAAGAGUACACCAGAUUUUGAAAACACUUACAGGUUUUGCUCUUUCCACUAACAAUUCAGCAUAAAAGUAGGCAACAUUUAAGCUAUACAUUUUCUCCAACAUAUGAGCGAGUAUGUAAGUAACAGUCAGAGCAAUGAAAGAAAGAAGCAGAAAUAUUAAAAGACUAAAUACGACGAUAGGUGAGAGCCAAAAAGGCGUAGAAUUUACCCAAGAACAGUAACUCUCUGAGGAAUACAUAACAUAGAUAUUUAAUACAGAAACCAAUCACUUGUGUUCAUUUUAAUUUCAUGAAACAUAUUUGUUGUUUUGUUUUUUUAUAAUACAAUAAUAUAUUUCAAUUUUAUGUACAAACAAUUAUUAUAUAUACAUAUAUACAAUAUAAAAAACAGUUAGACAUGAAUCCUUUUUUCACAUAAAUAGCUAUUUACAGUAACAGAUAAACAAGCAUUUAAUAAUUUGUAUCGAUAUAUACAAAAUACACACACUUACACACAUACAUAUGAGUGCAUUUACAUACAUUUUGUGUUCGAUUAACAGCAAAUUUUUACAGAAACAGAAAAACGUUAAUAAACAGAAGAGAGCAUUUAAAUUAAAUAUGUAUAGCAAUAAUUUAUUAGAAAAAAAUAGAAAAAAAAACAAAACCAAAAACCAACACAAAACACAACAACUAAAAGAUAGUGUCCAAACUGCCUAAACGGUUAGCAGCAACUUUCGACUAUUCCAAAAACGUACUGGAGAUUCCUAAAGCUACUACAUACAUACAGACAUACAUACGAAAGUGCAUACAAGUGAAAUUUUAAUUGCAACAAAACAAUACAUACAAACAUUUGUUAAUUCAAAAAUAUUUCAACGUCGACGAAUUUUAAAUCAACGUUAAAAAGUUUGAUACCAAAAAAAAAUAUUUACAAGCAUACAAAUACUGGAGUGCUGCAUUUGUACAUACAAAUAAAAAAUUGCAACAAUGCAACAGCUACACAAAUAGAUACAUAUUUAUUAGAAGCAAAAGUAAAAAUUACAACAAAGUUUAAUUGAAAAGUGAAAAGUGAAACAGCAGUGGUCAACGCCAUGUCUGUGCAUGUGAUAAAUGUUUGAGUUCUAUGCAGACAUUUAACUAAGCUAAGAGAAGAUUAUAAAAAAUAAAUUGUAAAAUUUAAAACUAAGUAUAUAUGUGAAUUGUGCACGCAUGUGUGCAUAAAUAUGUACAUAUAUUUGCAGUUGAAGCUGAAAAGAGCAAAUAUAUUGUAUUUUGGUUUCAUAUUAGUCGCAAGCUAAGUACAUACAAACACACACACACGUACUUGUGGUGGGCAGUCAAUGCGCAUGCGGAACAUUUUGCACACCCACACUUGCAAAGAACUUACGAAUAAGCGUUUUUAGUAUGAAAUACUUUUAGGCUACAUUUAAAAAAUUGUAAGCAAAUUUUUCGAAUUUCUGCUGACAGAUUUUAAGUAAAUACGAAGUGAGCUCUGUUUACCGGCUGGCCUAAGUGACAGUUUGUCCAUGCACUUUUAAAAUUGAUAAGUUUAAAUUACCAAUUAAAAAAAAAAUUGUAAAAAAAUUACCAUCUGGCUAAGUUUGGAGUGCGGCAAAAUUGAAAUUGCGCUCAAAAAAAAGGUGAAAUUAGAAAAAAAAUGUGCGCUUAAAAUUUUUUUGUUCUUUUUUGCUUAAAGCACCUAAGCUCUUCACGCUCGUACUUUGGUUCAUUGCGACUUCUUCAACACUAGAUUUACGAGUGUUUAUUAUACAUCUAUUUUUGCUGAACUGCGCCAAUUUGACUCAUACAACAGAAUUCAAGAUCUUGAAAAAAAAAAACAAAAACAGUUCCAACUAAAUUGAAAUAAAAGAUUUAUUAAUAAAAGCUUCAUGAAAAAGAUGGAACAUAUUGUAGUUUUUACGGGAUCCCUACAAAAUGCUGUAUAUCAAAAUUCUUUUCUGUAUUUACAAAAUUCUGUAAAAACAAAAUUCUGUACUGAAGUCAACAAAAGUCAACGAAAAAAGGAGUUCUACACAAAAAUACGGUGGAUUGCGUAGCCGGAGUCGGACUGAUGAGGGUUAUUUUUUUGAAGCGCGGCCAAAGGCCGCCAAGGCGAAAAGGAGUUCUACGCAAAAAUACGGUGGAUUCUAUCGUAACUGAAGAAAAAAUGUGCGCACUUUUUUUUAUAAAAUUUGUUGAAUUUCUUAUCAUUUACUUACAGCAUUUCGUCAAUACAGAAUUUUGUCAAUACAAAAUUUCGUCAAUACAAAAUUUCGUCAAUACAGCAUUUCGACAAUACAGAAUAUUUUUUACAGAAUUCUGAAAUACAGAAUUUUGUAUACAGCAUUUUGUAAACAGAAUAUUGUAUCAUACAGCAUUACGUACCCAACCCAGUUUUUACAUAUUAGGUGCGCAACUAAGUUCUCUGUUUUUUUUUUUUUUUUAAUGAAAAUACAAGUUUAAAGUAUAGCCCAUCGCUGGUCCGAUCUUUUCCCAUCUUUCUGGUACAUCUCGUAUACCGUCGCGGUAAAACUGUUCAUCUUGUGAGGCUAUCCACAGAUCAAGCCAUUUUUUGACGUCUUCAUAUAAAUGGAACUGCUGGUCAGCUAGACCAUGUGCCAUCGAUCGGAACAGGUUAUAAUCAGACGGGGCAAUAUCUGGAGAAUAUGGCGGGUGGGGUAGGAUUUCCCAUUUCAGUGUUUCCAGGUAUGUUUUAACGGGUUUGGCAGCGUGAGACCAGUGCUAGUCGAUACCGAUCCUCUAUGAUGGUUUCGCUUGGUUUUAACAGUACAUAAUAAAUAACACCAACUUGGUCCCACCAAAUAUAUAGCCCUAACUUUCGCAGCGUGAAUAUUCGGCCGAGGCGACGACGUAGAAGCAUGACCGGGCAGUCCCCAUGACUUUAUUUUCUUUGGAUUGCCGUAAUGAAUCUAUUUUUCAUCACCCGUCACGAUGCGAUGAAGAAAACCCUUCCUUUUUUUGCCGCUAGAGCAGUUGUUCACAGGCGAAAAAACGACGUUCAACAUUCCUUAGUUUUAACUCAUAAGGAACCCAAGUCCUCUAUCUCUGAACCAUUCCCAAAACAUGCAAUCGCUUGGCAAUGGAUUGGCGGGUAACGCCUAAUACUGAAGUAAGCUCUUCUUGCGUUUGACACAGAUCCUCAUUGAGCAAUGCCUCCAAUUCAGCGUCUUCGAAGGUUUUUGGCCUUCCUUCUCGCGGACGGUCGUGAACAUUAAAAUCACCGUCUUUGAAGCGACGGAACCAAUCUUGGCACAUUGUUUCACUUAAAGCAGCAUCUCCAUAAACUUUUUGUAGCUCUCGAUGUCUCGAUGCGCUUCAGCCGCCGUUUUUUUUUCGAAUUUUCACAAAACCAAAAGUAUAUGAUACCAAAACAAAAUCACUAAUGUGUCGAAGCAGUUUGUUUACCAUAUGUCUAAGCUUGGCUAGCGUUUAGGUAAACGUUUAGGUUAUGCUAGAAUCGACUAGCACACACUGCUGCCGGCAUCUAUUGACAAACAGCGGGAAUUUAGUUGCGCACCCAUACAAAUUAUGUUUUUGAAAUAAAUUUUUCGCACACACUUUUAGUCCAUUUAGCAGACAAUCUCUUACAUCUACAAGUAUUUCUCUUGCUUAAUACUUGAACUUGACAAUUCUCGCGUACGUCAACACCAUGAGUUUUCGACAUGGGAACGGAAAUUUUCUCGAAAUCGUCUCCUUAGUUUUCUCUUAACUCUUCAUCUAAAUGGAAAAUAAAAUCCUUUCUUGAAACCAGCACUUGAGUGGUCUCUUUAUAUACUUAGUCCUGCCGUAAGUUCUGUUACAAGUUACGCCCGUUAUAGAUGAGAUACUUUUUUCAAUGAAGUUAGUUUUAUUUAUUCACGUAAAAAUUAAAAGAAAAUUUAUUUUCAUUUGAAAUGGUCACCAUUUGCUUUUACAAGCCUUUAAACGAUUAGGCCAUUCAACUAUUGCAGCACGCACGGCUUCCAUGGACAUUGACGUCGCCGCUCGAACCAAAGAUUGUUCUGACUCUCCGAAUUUCUGUGAGUUCUUCGAGAGGCUGUGCUUUCCAAUUCUGACCACAAACUGUAGUCCAAUGGAUUCAGAUCUAGUCCUUCAGACAGCCAAUAUUCUACAGCUACACUACCGGUCAAAAGUUUGGGUUCACUUGAAAAAUUGUAAAAAAUUUUCAACUGAUCGUGAUUUGCUUCGUCAAAUAUUUUUUAAUAUUGUUAUUUUACAGAAAGUAAUUGUGUUUAAUACAAAAUAUGUCAACUUUUAAAGAAACCCGCAAGUAUUUGUUCAUAUUUUCGAUUCCUCGAAAUCGCCGCCUUUUGCUCGUAUUAUAGCAUCGCAUAUUCUGGGCAUCCUAUCAAUUAAUUUACGCAAAGAUUCUGCUGUUAUUUGAUUCCAGCAAUUUUGCAGAAAUGUCCAAAGUUGUUUUGUAUUAGUAGGUUGCAAUUUUCUUACUUCUCUGUCCAACUCGUCCCACAGCAACUCGAUCGGGUUACAAUCCGGCGACUGAGGAGGCCAUUCCAUAUAUUUGAGUUGUUUUUGAUUUUCUUUGGCUGCAAUGUAAUCCUGGCAAAAUUUUGAAGUGUGCUUAGGAUCGUUAUCCUGCUGGAAAACGAGUCCGCUGUCCACAAAUCUUUUCCCACACGGAAAAGGGUGCCGUUGAAGUAUGUUGGGGUAGACUUUUUUGUCCAUGAUACCCUCAAUUUGCACAAUGUCUCCAACUUUGCCUCCAGCAAAGCAUUCCCAGACUGACACUGACCCUCCACCAUGCUUAACUGUGGGAACAACACAUUGGUUGAUGAACCAACAAUGCGUUCACCGACAAAAGGACGAACAUAUUGGCGGCGUUGUUCGUUGAAAAUUUCAAAUUUGGACUCGUCCGUGAACAAGACUUUAGACCAUUGUUCAGUUGUCCACUCUUUAUGUUUUUUAGCCCAAUUAAGUCUCUUUACUUUAUUUUGCUUUCGAAGUAAAGGUUUUUUGUCGGCGACGCACCUUUUUUGGCCGUCGUUUCUUAGUCGUCGCUGUACCGCCGAACAGAUACUGGAGCCUCGCGCGAGGAAUUGAGUUGUUCGCGAAUUUCAGGGGCUGUUAGAAAACGAUUUUGUUUGCUUACAACACAUAUGAACUUAUCCUCUCCUUUUGACGUAGUUUUAGGCCUCCCAGAACGAUGACGACUCUGAUUGCACCCAGUAUUCCUCUUUCUUUGUAACGUUCUCAUGGCAGCAUUUUGAGAGACAUUACAUUUCGAAGCAAUUUUUCGCGUUGAAUAGCCUUCUCCAUGUAGUGCUACAAUGACUGCUCGUGUUUCUACACUAAGCUCUGCUUUCCGACCCAGUACAAAUAUAACAAGAAAUAUGUAGUUUUACUUAAAUUUUAAUAAAAUAAUUAGGAGAUAAUUUUUGUAUAACGUCGACAUGUAUAUAAGUUUUUGUAAAACAGUUAUUUUUUGGAAUACAAAAAAUUGUUUUACUUACCUUUUUGAUAACAAAGAUGACACCAACAAUUACAAAUAUAACUCUUGAAGUGAGUUUUGCAGCAAUAAGAUGUUACGCGUAAUAGGCACUAGACGCAUUGACAGAAUGCAGCAAGUCAUAACACGUUCAUGCUUGAUCUACGCGUCUCCCACAGUCAUUUUGUAAAGAAUAACAAUCUUCUAAACUCAAACUAGUAGCAGAACGCACGUUUAAAAAAAAAACACUAAUAAGCCGACUUGAUUGUGUAAAAUUCCAAAAUAAUGUAAGUGAACUUUUGACCGGUAAUGUAUGAACCUAGAAAUAUUGUUUUUUAGCCAUUGCUGUGUAGUUUCUGCCUUAUGGGCUAGAGCGGAAUAUUGCUGGAAGAUCCAACGCUCUCCAUUGAAGAGAGUACUGCUCAACUGCUUCACUGCUUUUGCCCCGGUCUUAACCCCUUUUUCGCAGAAAUGAAGCGAUAUAACGCCUUUACAAGACACUCCCCACCAAACCAUUACGGAGGCUGGAUGGUGGCCACGCUGAACCCUUGGAACAACAUUUUUUAUAGCUUUAGAAGUUUUAGCAUAGCAUUUUUUUUUUAGCAUUUUGUCGUUUUGCUUAUUAAAAACUUCUUCAACAGCGAAAAAUCUCGCAUCUGUGAAAAGAAAAUUUUCAUGUGUCCUCCGCGUGUCACCGAAGAAGCUGCUUGCAUCUGUCGAGUCUAAUUUUCUUCAAGUGUGUUGUCAAAAGAUGACCAGUUGAGUGAGGAAAGACUUUCAGGUGGAGAUCAUCUCUGAUUAGUCUUGACAUGGAUCUGGUCGAUACAAUCAUUUUCCUGGACCUGAUUUGUGCUUUCCAAAGGGAUUUCUGCGAUUUCUUUCGCGAACGGCUUUUAUGGCUGCACGGGUUUGAACCACGCGAGGACGGCCACUUCUUUUUCUGUAUGUCACUUCAGACGUUUGGGAAAAACGAUUGAUCGUGCGGUAAAAAACAUACUCGAAAAAUUAAGUUUUUUCAGCAAUUCGUUAAUCCAAAUGCAAUGCGAUUUUCCUUAGCGCCCCACUCCAUUGUUAGUAAGCGAAAUUUGCCACGAAACUGCCUAUAAUUUAUGAGUAGGCAAUAUACCUAUGUAUAUGGAGAAAAGCAAAAAUAUCGGAACUUUUUCUGCGAAUUUGUUCUCGCCGUAUGCCUUGUAAAAUUUGUCACAGAAUUUAUGGCGAGACUUAGUAUAAGCAAAAUAAUUUUAAAUGAGUCCGAUUGGCCAGUCCGUAAAUCUUGUGUCAAAUAUUGUCAAAGCUAGAGCUACUAAAGCGUGAAUUAUUUAUAUUGCAUUGUAUCUUUUAAAAAUGUUAAAAUUAAUUUCUGUUGUAAACAAAGAAAAAGUGAAAUAAAACAAAAAAAAAAAUUGAUACCAGUAACUUAAGGCGCUAAAUACAUUUAUACAGGUACAUAGAGGAGUACUUUGUAUAUUUUUUCUCUUUAAAAUUUUUUAAAUGUGAAAUGUUUCGCGUGAUUCUCCUUUGUAAAAAUUUAUUACGUUUUUUUUCUUUCAUAUUAAUUUUAUUUAUAUUAAUUGUUCGCAUUUUGUACGUAAUUGUAAAUUUAAAAAUAUUAAUUACAUAUUUAUGUAUACUACAUACAUACACACACACACACAUACGUAUGUGUAUUUAAAGUUAUGAUAAGCUACAAUUUUUAUACUUGUAUGUCAGUAAAGUGGAAGAAAAACCACCAAAAGCAUGGGAAUAUUUGUAUGUAGCCUGUAAGUUUGUGUUAAAUGCUCGAGACCGUGAAUGUCCUGUAUGUGAAAAGAAAAUCGUGUAAACUCAUGUAUAUGUAGGCAUAAUAUUUGUGUAUAUGUAAAACGUGCACACAUACAUAUGCGCAUUUGUGCAUGUGCAGAGCUCAACUAUUUCUGUCAAGUGCCAGACACCGAUUUAUUUGACAUUAUUCGGGUACUGGCUGUUUGAUGUGAAAAGCUGGCCAAUGUUUUAAAAAAGUACGACGAAAUGGCUAAAUUUGAAAUACAGCUAUAAUUUAUUUGAAACUAUGAAA